AUGGCAACGUCCUCCGUUCUGUCCACCUUAGCCGCCGCCGCGAUUACGUUGCAACUACUCUUAAAUCCAGCUUCAGCCUCCCCUCACAUGAAAUACAUUGACGCUGUCUGCGAUCGCACCAUGGACCAAGCUUUCUGCGUCAAAACAUUGACUAGUAAUCCCCCUACGGCUGCUCCCAUUGCCCUGCAUCCACUGGCCGAGGCCGUGAUCGGACUCGCUCUAUCUCACGCCGAGAAGACAGCUGUUUUCGUGGAUGAGACAGCCAAAAAAGAUCCAACGCUGCAGACUUCGUUUACAGAAUGCCACAAGGCCUAUCUGGCUGUAGCGGCUGCUCUCAAGAGCGCAGGUGUGAACCUCAAGCAAUCCCCCGACAAAGCUAACUACGACGUCAGGUCUUCGAGCGAGCACACAAGGCGCGUGACAGAACUGAUUGGGAAAAACACUGACGAGGCUUGGACCACGCUCAAGGAAAUGACUGUGCAGAUGGAUAAACUCCUCGAUCUUGCAGGUGGAGCAGCUGAUGCUGUUGAUGACGAUGACGAGAACGUCGACCGUCGCGUCUGA